AUGACAAUAACAAAUCCAAUUAUUCCUGGGUUUGCUCCCGACCCCUCAAUUGUCUUGGUCAAGGACACAUACUACCUCGUAAAUUCUAGCUUUCAUGUGUUUCCAGGGUUGCCCAUAUAUACAAGUAACAAUCUUCAAGACUGGACGCUUCGCACCCACGCCAUCUCUAGACCAACUCAGCUUUCACUCCGUCACGCGUGGGCUACGCAAAUACCCGUGGCUCAAACACCGAAUUUGAUCAUCAACGGAGGCCUUUUCGCGCCGACGAUCCGAUAUUAUAGAUCGAUGUUUUACAUUGUCUGUACCAAUGCAAUAGAGGAUCCAGAUGAAAAGAAACAUAUUUUUGAGAACUUCUUGAUCAGCUGCCCCGAGGAACGAAUCUGUGACCCAUAUGCUUGGUCAGAUCCGAUUUACUUUGCUUUUCCUGGCAUUGACCCCUCGCUAUUCUUCGAUACUAAAACGGGACGCGCCUUCAUCCAAGGCUCAUAUCGCAGUGGUCCGCCCUGGGCCCCGAAUUGCUCAAUCAGACAGUUUGAGAUUGAUUUAAAUUCUGGAAAAGCUCUUUCUGAGACAAGGCUAUUGUGGAAAGGCGCCAGGCCUGGUGGCGAUGCAGAAGGACCUCAUCUAUACCAUAAAGACGGAUGGUAUUAUCUUUUGACUGCUGAAGGUUCGACCUUUGAAGGUCAUGAGAUCAACAUCGCAAGGGCACGCGACAUUUGGGGGCCUUAUGAGAGCUGUCCUUCUAACCCCCUGCUGACAGCGAAAGGAACUAAAGAAGCGGUGCAAUGGACAGGCCAUGGAGACUUGUUUCAAGAUAAGAAUGGGAAGUGGUGGUGUGUGCAUCUGGGCGUGCGUCAGAAUGGUACGAAUGUCCUGCGUUGCCCUUUGGGAAGGGAAACAUUCCUAACGCCUGUGACAUGGGAGCAUGAAUCAUGGCCGAAAAUCAACCAGACGAGGCUGGAGUUUGAUGAACCAGUCGAAUUUAUGGCAGAAAUUUCUUCGAAGGAGCAAAAAAAUCUUGGCGAUGCACUCAUAUGCGAAGACACGUACAUACGGACUCCUGACUUGACUUGCUAUAGACAUUUCCCACCUAACUCGUAUGAACUCAGUCCACGCUCCUCGACGCUGAACGAGCAAUAUGGUUCAACGACAUUUGUUGGCCGGAGGCAAAGAUCAUUGGAAUGCUCGGUUACGGUCGAACUGAAUGUUAGGUUGAUGCCUACGAACGGCGUUCACGCAGGUCUAGCGGUCUAUAAGGACAACCUUCGACAUGCCGAGAUAUUCUACAACUCUCAUAAGAAGCGAAUGGAGUUUGGUGUGGUGUCAACUAUAGGAGUUUCAGGCGAAAUAACUGGACAUGGAUCAAUUUCUGACGUUGAAGGUAGCGUCCUGCUAAAGAUUGACGCACGUCCAUGCGAAUACACAUUUUCGUGGGCUCGGAAAGUCUCAGAAAGUACGAGCUUCAACUGGUCCCAGAUUGCGUCGAUCGACUCAGCAAUUCUAUCCGGACAUGACAUGACUGGAACCUUUUUCGGCAUGUUUGCAAACACUGUUGGGGAUUUCGCCUCAACUGCCCAAUGGGUGCGGUUCGAGGACUUCAGAAUGGUCAAUAAGUAAUUGCGUAGAGAAGGAUCACUUAUGCUGCAUUGCAUAGUACGCUCAAGGCUUUGUACGUCAUUAUUGAUGUGAUACAAAUUUUUUUCUGAGCACAGAUUUUGCUGCGUCUGCUCAAUUGCAUCGGAUACAUGUGAUGGGAAUGAGUUUCGGACUUGCACUUCAGGAGCUAUGUCAGCGUUUUGGUAGCUCGUCUACCAAGGUUCAACAUAAAACUUCAUUAGGCAGGCCUACUUUGAGAUAGAUGUUCUACCUUCAACCCUCAGUUGC